AUGGCAACUGCUUACAGCAAAUGCGCUAGAUAUAUGAGAAAAAUCUUUAAAUUCAAUCAAAUGGACUUUGAGUUUGCUUUGUGGCAAAUGUUUUAUCUAUUUGCAAAUCCACAAAAACUGAUUAAGUUGUUUAGGGCAAGAAAAUUAGCCAAAUCACAGUACGCAAGAGAUGAUCCAGCAUUUUUAGUUCUUUUUGCAGGCGCUCUUAGUAUAACAUCUAUAGCUUUUUCUAUCGUACUAAGAUUAUCUUUUUUUCAGUUCCUCCAAUGUCUUUUGGUUGUUAUCUUUAUAGAUUGUAUUAUAUUUGGUAUGAUCGUCGCUACUUUAUUCUGGUACUUAACUAAUACUUUUCUGAAACCAAAAAGUAACCCUGAGGAUGUCGAAUGGGGGUUUUGUUUUGAUAUACAUUUAAAUGCUUUCUUUCCUCCUUUAAUAUUGCUUCAUUUUGUUCAGUUGUUUUUCUAUAAUGGAAUCAUUAGUCAUGACUGGACGAUAUCUAUUGUUUUGGGUUACAACUCAUUACAGAUAUUGAAUAACACGAGAUAUUUCUUAUUGCCUGUACCGUGGAUUGUAUGCUUUUAUGUUAUUAGUUUGUUAAUGCAGUGGAAUAUAACUCAUAAUCUAAUGAACUUUUAUAGAGAUUUGUAUAAUCUUAAGUAAACUGUAAACUAUAUGUACAUAAUUAAUAUAUCAUUUAAAGUAAUAAUAAAUAUACUAAUUGAUGUACAAUAAAAUUAGUUUGCUAGUA